AUGAGUGAGGCUGGAGAGGCCUCCCUCACGGAGGUGGCCGCUUCCGUCUCCCCUCAAGCCUCGCAGAAACACCUGGCAUCCUUGGGAGGCGGAGAUCCACCCCGAGCCCUAGGUGCUGGCAACCUCAGCGGGGAUGCAAUCCCCAAGGCCACCGUGACGGGCGCCAAGGGAAAGGUGCCCAAGAAAAUCAUCGCUAAGAGGGUGCGAGGCUCUGUCAAGUGGUUGAAUGUGAAGAAUGGGUAUGGUUUCAUCAGCAGGCAUGAUACCCAGGAAGGUGUGUUCGUUCACCAGACGGCCAUCCCCCGGAACAACCCUCACAAGUACGAACGCGGCGUCGGCAAUGGCGAGACUGUCGAGUUCCACAUGGUCCGAGCGCUGCCACCAUGCGGUCCCAAGGGCGCUGAGCAUGACGUUGACGAAGGCGAGGGCAGCGGCGAAGGCUUCACCGCGGCCCAGGGCCUGAGGCGCCGUCUGCCUGGCCACCCCGAAGACCAAAGGCCUCGGCGCUUCCCGCCCUGCCGCAGGGCCCCAGCCGUGACCUGCCGCCCAUCGAUCCUGGCUACCACCAGCGGCCCACGGCCCGGCCACCUGCCAGGGUCCACAAGGCCCGAGGGCGACCCGUGGCAGUGUCAGGGCCCCAGCUACCUGCUGAGCCGCCCUAGGGGCCGAGGCACUACUCUUGGUCCAAGACCCUCAUCAGGCAUCUCUGCGGAGCUGGAAGUGGAACACAGGGAGAGCGGGCAUGACGCCGGCGGAGAUCUACAAUAG